AUGCCAGGGAAGUCGAAGAAGAAGUCGCCUACUACAACCUCUCCACAGGGCAGCAAUCCAAACCAGCCAGCAACCAGCGACGCAAAAGCGCCACCACUACCAUCGGAAAUCAACCCCGUCCCAAACCCUUCCCAUAUAUCUGUCGAAUAUCCUCAUGGGGACACUCUGAAUUCAACGUACUUUAAAAUUCAAACUUUACCUGACAACCUUCGACACUUCCUCGAGCAUGAUUUCGAAGAAAAGAAGGAGCGUUAUAAAAACAUUGAUUACUAUCGGAUCCUUGUUCACUUUAAUCCAGCAACCGAGUCUCGUCCGACUUCCCGAAAAGACAAGUUGAUCGAUGCCUUCAUGAAAGAUGUCUUCCCCUUUCUCAAGCCUUACCGAGCACCUGCACCUCCACAACCAAUGCAGACCGAUCGAAAAGAUUUCAAUCCGCUCUCCCGAAGAGUCAAGCGACAAGAGCUCAUUGAUGUCAUUUUAGAGACUGAUCGUAAAGUUAUCAUACCAAACGGGGUAACCAACGACGGGCUGCUCUUAUUAUAUAAGCAGCAUGUCGACAAGGAUCUCAACAUCCCGUGGCAAGUAGAGUACAUUAAGCCACCCAAUAUUGUCCAACGACCACAAGUCAAGACUCUAUUAAUGGAGGAGCUUCGACUUACCUUACAAGACCGUGCUCCCCAUGUAUAUGUCCAUUCUACUCCAAUGAGUCACGCUGUCCUCGUUAAUCUCUACAUCAAAUUUGUACUGGACGAAGAAGUCGCGCCUGGGCUCUUAGUCCGUGGGUUCCACUACUCACUUUUGCGUAAAGAUCCUUGGUAA